AUGCACGGGAAUGCAACGACAUCGAGUGAGACAUCAGUUGGUACAAAUACAGCGACUGCUGCCACCCCUGGAACAAGCAAAGCGCCUCCGCCAGCAGCCAAGUUCCGGCAUGGCCUCCUCCAGCUCAUGAUACAUACCAUCGAUCCGAUGCACGAUGGUAAAGUAGAUGAGAAAGCCACGCAGCUACAUGCAAUAGCGUCGCUGAAAGUGCUUCUGGAGGCGACGAGGCCGACGGCGGGCGGUGCUGGGGCGGUGGCGGCGAAGAACGCAGCAGCUCAAGCGAAAGAAACCCCGCUGGACUUGCCCAAUGGAGGCCUUGCGGAUGUACAGUUAGAUGUUAUAGAAGAGAUAGGAGACUUAGAAGAUGACACGACACCGCUAGACAUGUCGUGGCCGUCGGGUUUCCGGAAACGACUGACGUAUUUGUUGGUCGCACCAAUUGUCUUCCCAUUAUGGAUCACCCUCCCGGACACAAGGACGCCGAGAGGGAAGACGCUAUUCCCUAUAACAUUUAUAGGGUCGAUAGUGUGGAUAGCAUUUUUCUCCUACCUCAUGGUGUGGUGGGCGAACAUUGCGGGGGCGACGGCCCAUGUGCCUCCCGAGGUUAUGGGGCUCACGCUCCUCGCUGCGGGGACUUCUGUGCCUGACCUGAUCACUUCGGUGAUAGUCGCCAGGAAGGGCUUCGGGGAUAUGGCUGUGUCGAGCUCAGUCGGAAGCAAUAUCUUCGAUGUCACUGUGGGGUUACCCCUCCCGUGGCUGUUGUAUGGACUGAUAUACGGUACGCCGGUCCAGGUUAACUCCAAAGGCAUGGUGUGUAGCAUUGUGCUGCUGUUUGCUAUGCUGCUAUUCGUGAUCCUGAGCAUCGCGUGCUUCAGGUGGAAAAUGAAUAGAGGGCUGGGCUUCACGAUGUUCCUACUGUAUUUUGUCUUCGUCGCAGUGAGCCUGGGUCUGGAGUACGGGUACCUUCAUUGUCCGAGCGAGUAA